AGCCCAGUAGGCGAUUAGGGCCUUGUAGCCAAGGAAAGAGUGCUGGGGAGCCGGUACGAGUCGCCGCCGUCAGCGCCUCCUGGUCCACACCGUGCUUGGGCAGCUGAGACAGGACUGCCGUCGGAGAGCCUCAGAGCACCAUCCCCAGCUCAGCAUGAUGGACUUGGAGCUGCCGCCACCGGGACUGCCAUCCCAGCAGGAUAUGGAUUUGAUUGACAUACUUUGGAGGCAAGAUAUCGAUCUGGGGGUGAGCCGAGAAGUGUUUGACUUCAGUCAACGACAGAAGGAGCAUGAGCUUGAAAAGCAGAAGAAACUUGAAAAGGAAAGACAAGAACAACUGCAAAAGGAGCAAGAGAAAGCCUUUUUCGCUCAGUUACAACUAGAUGAAGAGACGGGUGAAUUCCUCCCAAUUCAGCCAGCCCAGCACAUCCCGUCAGAAACCAGUGGGUCUGCCAACUACUCCCAGGCGGCGCACAUUCCCAAACCAGACGCCCUGUGCUUCGAUGACUGCAUGCAGCUCUUGGCAGAGACAUUCCCGUUCGUGGACGACAAUGAGGUUUCUUCGGCUGCGUUUCAGUCACUUGUUCCUGAAGUUCCCAGCCACGCGGAGAACCCAGUCUUUAUUGCUCCUAAUCAGAAUCAGUCGCCUGAACCUCUUAUCCUUCAGCUGAUCAGUGAUUUAGAUAAUAUGCAGCAGGACACUGAGCAAGUCUGGGAGGAAUUAUUAUCCAUUCCAGAAUUACAGUGUCUUAAUAUUCAAAAUGACAAACUGGGUGAGCCUAGCACGGUUCCAAGUCCAGAAACCAAACAGGCAGAUGCUGACAACAGUUACCAUUUCUACUCAUUGACCCCUUCACUGGAGAAAGAAGUAAGUAACUGCGGUCCACAUUUUCUCAGUGCUUUUGAGGACUCCUUCAGCAGCAGCGUCCUCCCCACAGAAGACCCCAGUCAGUUGGCAGUGAACUCCUUAAACUCAAACGUCACAGUAAACACAGAUUUUGGUGAUGAGUUUUAUUCUGCCUUCAUAGCAGAGCCCAGUAACAGCAACAGCAUGUCCGCCUCUGCUACUUUCAACCAUUCACUCUCUGAACUGCUCGACGGGCCCAUUGAUGUUUCUGACCUAUUACUUUGUAAAGCCUUCAAUCAAAACCACCCUGAAAGCACGGAAUUCAAUGAUUCUGACUCUGGCAUUUCACUGAACACCAGCCCCAGCUUGGCAUCACCAGAACACUCAGUGGAGUCUUCUAUCUAUGGAGACACACCCCUUGGUUUCAGUGAUUCUGAAAUGGAAGAGAUAGAUAGUGCCCCCUCGAGUGUCAAACACAGUGGUCCUAAAACACAGCCAGUACAGCCUUCUGGGGAUAUAGUUCAACCCCUGUCACCAUCUCGGGGGCACAGUGCUCCAACGUGUGAUGCCCAGUGUGAAAACACACAAAAGAAAGAAUUGCCUGUAAGUCCCGGUCAUCGCAAAACCCCUUUCACAAAAGACAAACAUUCAAACCGCUUGGAGGCUCAUCUCACAAGAGAUGAGCUAAGGGCAAAAGCUCUCCAUAUCCCAUUCCCUGUAGAAAAAAUCAUUAACCUUCCUGUUGAUGACUUCAAUGAAAUGAUGUCCAAGGAGCAAUUCAACGAGGCUCAGCUUGCAUUAAUUCGAGAUAUACGUAGGCGGGGUAAGAAUAAAGUGGCUGCUCAGAAUUGCAGAAAAAGAAAACUGGAAAAUAUAGUGGAACUGGAGCAAGAUUUGGAUCAUUUAAAAGAUGAAAAAGAAAAAUUGCUCAAAGAAAAAGGAGAAAAUGACAAGAACCUCCAUCUACUGAAAAAACAACUCAGCACCUUGUAUCUUGAAGUCUUCAGCAUGCUCCGAGAUGAAGAUGGAAAACCUUACUCUCCCAGUGAAUACUCCCUGCAGCAAACGAGAGAUGGCAAUGUAUUCCUUGUUCCCAAGAGCAAGAGGCCAGAUGUUAAGAAAAACUAGGUAUGGGAAGAUCUGACCUUUUCUGAGCUAGUUGUGUGUGUGUGUGUGUGUGUGUGUGUACUGUUAUGUAUACUAAAAGCUCCUACUGUGAUGUGAAAUGCAGAAAUACUUUAUAAUUCUAUGCAAAAUUAUAGUCAAAACUAAAGUAGAAUAUAAAAUUUUAAAAGCAUUAAAUGUUAUCAGUAUGCUGAAAUCAGUUUCACUUUAACUGCAAACUUAAUUUCUUAGAGCACCAUUUGAGAUAGUUUCUGUACGCGUGUAAAUACUACAAAAACUUAGUCAUACUGUUCUUAUCUCAUUUGUUACAUUCAUAGAUUUAUAUGUUUUGACAUCUGGCUAAAAGCAAAUUGUUGCAAAACUAACCACUAUGUACUUUUUUAUAAAUAUUAUAUGAACAAAGAAAUGGCCUUUUUUAUAUUAAAUUGUUUAGCUCUGGCAAAAAAAAAUUUAGUGGAAAAGCUGUACUAAUAAAUAUUAUGAUUGUUAAAAUUUCUUGUAAUUCAUUCGAGUUUAUUCACAGUAUUUUAAAUGACAAUACAUUUAGUACAUUUAGGUGUUUUGCAUUUUCAGAAUGUUUACUCAGAGAUAUAGAAAACUGAAAUAUAUCAAAAAGAUAUUUUAUUACUUCAAUAGUAGGCACAUUUCAAACAAGGAAAAUGGUCUAUCUUGACAUGAAAACUAUGUGCUAGGUAUUGUUUAAAGUACAGAGGACAGCCCUGGCUGGUGUGGCUCAGUGGGUUGUGUGCUGGCCCGAGAACCAGAAAGUCAUAGGUUCAAGUCCCAGCAGGCCAGGUCCCCAUUUGGCAGCGUGUGAGAGGCAACCAGUCAACAUAAUCUCCCACAGAUUGUUGUUUCUCUCCUUCUCCCUCCUUCCCUUCUCCUAAAAUCUUAAAAAUAAAGUAAAAAGACAAAAUGGAAACCCUGUCCUCCUAGAACUAGUGGACAAAGACAGCAAAUGUACUAUACUAUGCCAGAAAGGUCUGGGAAGAUCAGCAAAAAGUCAUCGUGACUUAGAAUAGGGUUGUAAAUAGGAAAAACCUUACUGAGAUGGCAGUAUUUGAAGGUGUGGGAAACCCAUCCUGUUUGCUGAAAAGAGUAUUUCACCCAAGACACAGCAAGUCCAAAGUCUCUGAGGCUUGAGAAAAAUAUUCUCUAUAUGGCUGACAAUAGAGAAGAAAAGGUGUCGAAUAGAAGUAACAUCUGCCUUGUGUGUUGAGAAUAGUCUAGAACAUAGGUAGCAGACACAAGGCCUGAGGGCCCAUAAAUCGGGCUCUCCACCUUGUUACCUGGCGGCAGCACUGAGCUCUUAACUGUUAAGGGUAGUUACAUUUUGCGGUCCUCAAAUUACAUUUGGCCCUUUGAAAGAACCGAGACUGAUGUAGCCCCCAGUGAAAAUGAGUUUGACACCCCUGGUCUAGAGGGUGAAUGUAGGAGCAGGGAGACCAAUGGAAAGGCUCUGCAAUACUCACAUGAAAGAUUUAGUUGAAAAUAGGAAAUUUGGUGUCUAGGUCCAGGGUGAUAGUAAGGCAUUGAAUCCUACAUUUCGAAGGUAACUAACUAGGUGGAUUUCUUGACACUCUAUGUGGGGUGAAAGUGGAAUCGAAGACUUGAAUAUCUUCAAGAACAGAGUUGCCCAGCAAUAGAGACUAGUUACAGGGAGGUCUAGGUGAGAAAAGUCAGCUCAUUUAAAAUGUUUAAUCUUACCCUGGCUGGUCUGCCUCAGUGGAUUCAGCACCAGCUUGCAAACAAAAAUAUCAAGUACAAAAUCAAGACCCCCUCAAAACUGAAAAUCUUUCUGCUGCCAAAUAAACCAUUGACAGCAUUGACUAUUUCCUCACCUAAACCAAUGUGUUUAGGUUGGUUUUGUUUUCAAGUGGAGAAAUGGUUUGAGGGUUAAGCAGGUUUAGGAUAAGCACCAUGUGCAAACUAUUCAGAGUGCUAUCUACCCAUUAGGAAAAAUGAAGUGCAGAGGUCCACGGGCUCUAGAGCCAGAUGACCCGGGCUUGUUGCUGCCAUUCCAGAAUGACCCCCAGAACCUCAAAGCAGUCAGGCUUGUUUCCUCAUCUGUAAGCAGGCAUGUCCAACCCAUGGCCUGGGGUGGCUAUGAAUGCAGCCCAACAGAUUUGUAAAUUCACGUAAAACGUAUUUUGUGUGACUGUGUCACAAUGUAUUUAAUGUGUGGUCCAAGAAAACUCUUCUUUCAGUGUGGCCCAGAGAUGCCGAAAGGUUGGCCCCCUGGGACUGUAGAGGAUACUACUGAGCCUACACACUUUACAAAUGAGCGUGUUCUCCUUUUCUUUAGCCUUGUAUGAGGAUGCUUUCUGGUUGCAAGUGAAAAAAGUGAAGUCCAAUUAGCUAAAUUGAAGUUGGUUUUGAUGACUGGGAAGCUCAGGCUUCAAGUGACUUAAGGUAAUGGCUCUAGACAUUCAAAUGUGAAGAUUGUGCUGACUUUCCUUGGUUGGUUAAGAAUUUCCACCCCCAAAGCAACAGAACGAGGAAAAUAAGAAGUUUCUUCCUGUAAUGGUGGUGACUAGAUCCCCGCAGACGAAUUUUCCAAUCUUGAGACAAAAAUUUCAAAUCUUGAAUAAAGUACACUAAGCAAAAUUGUGGGAGGGGGUGGAGUUGGGGGACGCUGGCCCUUCCCAGCAGCCCUGUCUGGAGGACCUGGAAUUGGCUGUCACCUACUUCAAGGGAGAGCACCACUGGACAGACCAAAACAGACUUCACUAGCCUGAGAGCAGAUUCCUUUGCUCACAACACAGCAUUUUUUAAAAAAUUAAUCAAAUUUCAAAAUAUUCUGUCAAGUUAAUGUAGUCAAGUUUAUGUAACUAAAAGAUACUUUUAACUACUAGACAUACUGUGUAUUAGAAACUAAACCACUUAAAAAUGGGCACACCUUGUUUAUCAUGCUUUGCUUUAUUGUACUUCAGAUAUUUUACAAAUCUAAGGCAAGAUCCUCCACCACCAAAGAUUGCAGUUCACUGGGGUGCUGGGGAACCAACCCACAGUAUUUGAGGUCUGCAUGUGUAUAACAAAUCCUAAUUUACCCAUGACUAAAAAAAAAUAAAGGUUUCACCACUUAAUCUGA